CUGACCCCCGCCCAUCCCCCUGCCCCAAAAUGGCCAGCUGCCCCCUGUACCCCCGCGGGGUCUAUAUGGGGGAUUGGCGGUGGUAACUGAGGUGGCAGUCAGAUAGCCAAGAUCGAGGACGGCAGGGCUAUGAUCCCAGUGUCAUCUGGAGUAACAAACUUGGCGCGUUCGGCCAGAUGAAAGUAUCUUUAGUUCGGCAAAGUUCACAGCCAUGUAUCGUUCACCAGGAAUUUGGCUGAGGAGUUCAAAAAAAGCCUGAGUGCGUCAUCUCCAGGUCAUCUACAUGCACUACCUACUCCGCACGGCGGGGAGUUCUACUGCCAGUGGCUCUCUGAGCCCGGGUACUCUCGGGGGCCGGUGCUGGUGAAAAUUCAACAGCGGCCAGGUCACCAGUUCAUGCGCAUCGCACUGUCAUUGUAAUCCAUGACGCUUGUCCCAAUUGGAGGGAACAUAAGAGCGCCAGCAGAAUCGCCAAGACCCUUACUCACCCAUGUCGGCCCCGCCUUCGCAUCUCUUCGAGCCCAUCGUAGUCGGACCCGUCACGCUGCAGCACCGCGUCGUGCUCGCCCCGCUCACGCGAUACAAAGCCGACAAACAGCACGUCCCGUUUCUGCCACUCGUCAAGGACUAUUACACACAGCGCGGGAGCCGCCCCGGGACGCUCCUUAUCACCGAGGGUGUGUUCAUCGCGCCCCAGGCCGGCGGAAACGCGCACGUGUCGGGGAUCUGGAGCGCAGAGCAGGUCGCUGCUUGGAAGGAGGUGGGCGGGGCAAUACGAUCGCAGGGAUCUCCUGGGCGCUGAUGGUGCUGCGGCACAGGUGGCAGCGUCCGUGCACGCCCAGGGCUCGUUCAUCUUCAUGCAACUCUGGGCGAUGGGGCGGGCGGCUCUGCUCACCGAUCUGCGCGAGGACGACCCGGACUUCAGUCUGGUCUCGGCGUCGCCCCUGCCGAUCCCCGAACGCGCGGACGAUGUGCCGCGUGCGUUGACGAUUGGCGAGGUGGAGGAGUAUGUGGGCUGGUACAAACAGGCAGCCAGAAACGCCAUGGAGGCUGGGUUCGACGGAGUGGAGAUCCACAGCGCUAAUGGAUACUUGCUCGACCAGUUCCUGCAGGACGUGUCGAAUAAGCGAACGGACGACUACGGCGGGAGCAUCGAGAACCGGGCCCGGUUUCCUCUUGAAGUCGUCGACGCGGUGGCCUCCGUGGUCGGCGCUCAGCGGACCGCUAUCCGGCUCAGUCCGUGGUCUCGAUUUCAAGGCAUGCGGAUGAGCAAUCCGAUGCCGACGUUCUCGUAUGUCAUCUCGGAGCUGGUCAAGCGACACUCGGACCUCGCAUACAUCCAUCUCAUCGAGCCUCGCAUUGCCGGCAACACUACUCUGGAGGGGUACGAAGAUGCCGAAGAAUCCAAUAGUACGCUGAUGGAUUUGUGGUUUCCCCGACCGCAUAUCGCUGCCGGGGCCAUGACGCGGGAUAAAGCUCUCCAAGUCACCGCGAAAGAAAGUCUGCUGGCUUGUUUCGGACGUUACUACAUCUCCAAUCCUGAUCUACCUGACCGCCUGGAGAGAGACAUUCCGCUCAGACCGUACGAUCGCGAUCUGUUCUAUCUGCAAGGGGAAGAUUCGCCCAGAGGCUACACGGAAUACACGCCUGCUCAGUAGAAAUCAAUAGGACAUCACCCAACUAGCGUUGAAGCAUGUCUGGCUUGUAUCGUAUUCCCGUGGUUUUUUACAACUCUGAAUCCUGGCUCGGGUGCCAGCAAGAUGUGCACUGAAGAGGAAGAAGCCCGAGACGACUGCUCGCCGGGACACACAGAAUUCGUGGCCCUGAGAGACCCCAGAGCACUCAUUCGCCACGACUAGACGAAUGAGGUUCCCGGAGGGCAAGGUCUGGCUGGGACCCAUUGUUGUCAACGCGAGUAUCGAUGCUGGAGGAUAAAGGACGGUCACGGGAGUUGGCUGCGAGGAUUUCUCCUGUCGCACGGCUCGAUUUCGUCACCACGGCUUUCAGGUCGGAGGAGGGGAAAAAACUCUGAAGUGGGCAAUGUCAGUUUGUCUCAUCGAAUGGCAACGGUGAAUUUCGAAGACUUAAUCUUGUUAUCCACGCUAUGUCUUCUAUUGUAUACCCUUUGCCUACUGUUUGGAUGGAGACAUUCGAUAUCCGACUGUUGAUCAAGUCCAGAAUAUCUGUAGACGCCCCGGGAUCAUAUAUUCGGCCGAUUCCGAGCACCUGACCGGAGCCUUUUUGCGGAAGCUCACAGGCUAUUCCUCGUCAGAUUGUCGGGCAGUGCUCCUCAAAUUCUCUCCUCCUCCGGGCUCAGAACCCGCCAGCACCUGACUUCAAUACCAGCGUCGAGGAUGUCUAUAAAUUCCCUUGCGCGGUCUGCUGGCCGUGACUCUGUCGUCUCAUGUCCCUACUACAGCUCACCGCCCUUCUCUCGUCCGCCCUCGGCGUCGUCCAUGGCCUGACAACGGUCACCGUCCAGUCCGGGACGACGUUCCAGACGAUGGACGGGUUCGGGUUCUCCGAGGCCUUCGGCCACGCACAGCAGAUCAUGGGCUAUCCCGCCGCCGAGGCGAAGGCGACGCUGGACCUGCUGUUCGACCGCAACAUCGGCGCAGGGUUGACGAUCGUGCGGAACCGGAUUGGCUCGGGCGGCGCGGGGGACGGCAUCCUGCCCACGAGUCCUGGAUGCCCGACGUGCGCGCCGACGUAUGUCUGGGAUGGCGUGGAUGCGGGCCAGGUGUGGUUCGCUCAGCAGGCGAUGACGUACGGGGUGAAGACCUUCUACGCGGAUGCGUGGAGCGCGCCGGGUUUCAUGAAGACAAACAACAACGAGGCGAACGGCGGAUCUUUGUGCGGCGUUACCGGUGCUACUUGCGCGUCGGGCGACUGGAAACAGGCCUAUGCCAACCUCAUCGCCCAGUACAUCUUGUUCUACAAGCAGUCCAAUGUCACCCUGACCCACGUCGGGUUUCUGAACGAGCCCGAGUUCCAGGCGACCUACUCUUCCAUGCUGUCGAACGGGCAGCAGGCUGCGGAUUUCAUCAAGGUCCUGGCCCCGACUUUGACCGCUGCAGGACUCACCACUAAGAUCGCCUGCUGCGACUCCGAGGGAUGGAAGAACCAGAUCACCAUGACGAACGACAUCAACGCGGCUGGUGCCAUGCCUCUGCUGGGGAUCGUCACCUCGCACGCUUACACGUCCUCGCCCAGCACCCCGCUCAACACGACCCACCCCGUCUGGCAGACCGAAAACGCGGACCUCAACGACCAAUUCAACCCCAACAACUGGUACUCCUCUGGCGGAGCCGGCGAGGGGAUGACCUGGGCCAACCGGAUCUCUGACGGGAUCGUCAACUCGAAUCUGUCUGCUUAUCUGUACUGGGUGGGCAACGAGCCUGGGGGAACGACCGACUCGACGCUGACGACGACGAACGGGACGACGGUGAUCGCGUCGAAGCGGCUGUGGGCAUUCGCGCAGUGGUCGCGGUAUGUGCGUCCUGGCGCGGUGCGGCUCGGGACCUCGGCUGCGGGGACGACGACCAACUUCAAGUUCAGCGCAUUCAAGAACCCCGACUCCAGCGUGUCUGUGCAGAUCCUCAACAACGGCCAAGGGAACACCGCAGUCAACGUCACCACUGCCGGAUUCGUGCCCACGAAGGCUUUCGCCGUCGUGUCGGCGCAGGGGAUCGACCUGGAUACCGUCCCGGUGACACUCGUGGGCGGACUGGCGACGGUGAUCGUCCCCGCGAACGGCAUGGUCACGGUCGUUUUCAACGCUGGAUCAACCGAGGUUCCGCCAUCCAGCAGCACGACGUUCACUACGUCAGCGAGCUCAGGCACGGGCUGUUUCUCGCCCAUUUUCGGACAAUGCGGUGGACAGAGCUGGACGGGAUGCACAAGCUGCGCUGCUGGAUCUACAUGUGUCUCCAGCAAUCCUUUCUAUUCGCAGUGCGUGCAAAAUUAAACUGCCGGCUUUACUUCGCCGGAGUGUACCGUACGGUACAAAAAUCGAUGCUUCUGUAUCCGGAAAAAGCACGUUAUCAAACAAAUUGAAUGAAUCAUGAGUCCCGCUUGUAAGACUCGCGUGAUCAAUCCUGCUUGUCCUCGUUCCUGAUUCAUGCAAAACGUUCGGAUGCAAAUUAAGUCAGCUCACUGGCGAAGCGUGCCCCACAUCCUUUGCCUCUGCUCCAACAAUCGCAAAGGCAAGGUAACACGGAAUGAAGCAGACAAGUGCCACAAGCCUUGCUAGGUCCGACUCGAUUGCUGGCUCCGCAAGCAUCCCCACUGCUUGUACUUGCCACGCACAACGACCAGUGCCGCAGAUAGACUCGUGAUUGGAGGACCGUGCUGCCAUCGAGCCCUGGUUAUUCUCGGCCGUCUCACAGUCCAUGAAGGUGGGAAUGGUGGAGAGGAGAUCGGUGAUGGACGCAGGCUCGGGUGGGUGAGAGGGACAGUGUCCCCUCACAAGACAACAUUCAUAUCAAAUC